UUUUCCCUUAAACAUUUAUAACAAUAGUUGAGUUUCUUUCUUUUCAUUUUACUAGAGCACCAAAAGAUGUCGAGCUUUUCAAGUGUGCGUCCCACGACCACCACUGUUAGGGMUUUGUGGAUGAUUUUGUUGAUAUUUCUAGCCAUCUCUCGAAAAACAGCUGCAACUGGUCAGUGCGCCCGCGCAGCAUCAACCAUGUUUUCGUAUCGUUUUCUUGACAACCGAGUUGUCCCUAACAGGAAGACCGCUGACCUGAAAGAUUGUUUCAACCUGUGCAGAAAGAUGUCUGAAUGUAGGAGUUUAAAUUACAAAAUUGAUGCAGGCAUCUGUGAGUUGAACAKUAAAAAYCAUWUCACWGACCCCCAGAAGCUCGAAGAAAUGAGUGGAUACGUGUACUUAGCUGUACUUGACAUAGUUAAAGAGCCUGCAGUGUCUUCUAACAACUCAAAUGGAGAACAGACACCAACAAAGUCAUCAGAACCCAAGUACAAUACAUGUGCGAAGUUAAAACAGAUGAAGCCAUCUUCUCCCAGUGGAGUGUACGAGCUGGACGUGAAUGGUUCACCUAAGCAUGUGUACUGUGACAUGAGUGCAUAUGGUGGAGGAUGGGCACUUGUCGUGUCAAUCAGCUCAUCAAAUAACCACCAUACUUUACGAGCUAAAAAUAACUGCUUCAAUUCSUCGUUGUGUGUAUCGUUUGCGACUGGAACCUUAGUCGCACGAAAGAAUUCAGACACUGACAUUCGAGCGCUGGCAUCUUAUGAAGGAACAUUUCGAGUAGAUGUGUUCAACUCGGCUGGUAGUUUGCUGCAUACCAACUUCUAUCGGUUUCCACAGGGAGCCCAAUCUUUUGACGCUGGAUGUGCAGGCCGAGGAUGCCCAAGGAUUAUUACAUCCAGUGCGUACCCGUAYGUGUGGCAAUCGAAUUGCAAAGGAUUAGAAAAAGGAUAUGCAAUUUCAUACAAUAAUUGCUACAAAGUGUUUGAUGACCACGAUGCACAGGAAUGCGGMAGUAACUGGAUUGCCUCACAUUACCAUACCAGAAGAGUUCUUUACAGUCUAUGCGGACAUAAUGGGAUCUACUCGGGAUUACAAGGAAAGAUGUAUGUUCGAUGACACUAUUGACUGCUGUGGACAACCGCCAUUCAUUAAAAUCCAAACUGAAAAAGCCGGAUCAACUACAUAUUUAUCAAAGGCCAUGUUUUAGUUUUGACUCGUACUCUGAGCUCUUUUUAUAAUUGCAAUGUUGGUUUCAAAYUGAAAUGUGGUAAAUAAUAAAUAUCAAUUU